GUUAGAGAGAUCAGUGACUGGACUGUCUCCACCAUGUGCGGAGCGUCCUGGUUACGCCGCAGGGGCAUCAAUCCCGGAUACUUGGCGUUGAAACUGACUCUCGGGGUCUUCUCUACCCUUUUCUGGCUCUUGGGACUACUCAUCUUGUGUAUUGGCAUUUAUGCAGAAGUGGAAAGGCAGCAGAACAAGACGAUGGACAGCCUCUUUCUUGCUCCAGCCAUCAUCCUGUUGCUGCUGGGCUUGAGCAUGUUCACAGUCUCCUUUGCUGGCAUGGUUGGAGCUCUCCGAGACAACCGACUGCUGCUUAAAGUGUUUAAGUGGACGCUUGUCACUGUGGUGGUGCUGCAGUUGGUUUUCAUAAUCGUCAGCCUUUUAUGCCAGAAUAAGGUGCUUCUGUUAUUUAAAGCCAAUGUGCGUGAGGGGAUUAAACACUAUUAUGAUGACUUGGAUUUCAAAAACAUUCUGGAUCGCAUCCAAGUCAAGUUUUCAUGCUGUGGGGGAGAUGAGUACAUGGACUGGGCUGUGAAUCAAUACCAUGCUUGUGAUGCACCAGGACCAAUGGCCUGUGGCGUACCGUAUACCUGCUGUAUGAGCAAACAGGGAGAUGUCAUCAACACUCAGUGUGGAUACCAGACACUACAUAAAGAGCGUUUCGAGGUUGACACAAUCAUCUAUGUCCGAGGCUGUGUCGAUGCCAUCAGCUUGUGGUUUAUGGAUAACAUUGGUAUCACAGUGGGAAUUCUUGCCGCAUUACUUCUGCCACAGGUUAUUGGAAUAGUGCUGAGCUGCCUGUACCUGAAGACACUAUCCCAACAUAAGGAUGAAUUUGACGGAUUCAGAAUUCCUUAUGAGCUGCUGGAUCUUUCAGGGGCAGGAUGGUGCCUGUGUCUGCCCAGAGAGGAAGGUUACCAACCAGUGGAGAGAGCUGAGAGCAAUGCUGACACUCCAGAUGCAGUGAGUUCUGUUCAAGAAAUGCAACCGAUGAACACAGAACAAGAAGUGAACUGAGCUAAGAUUCCAAGAGCCAACGAAUGUUAAAGUUUGUCACCUGUCAGCUCGACAACACUGAACAGAGAUGUGCUGGGUUUGACAUUCUCCAUAUGUAAUGUGACUGGCUUUUGUUAAAUUUGUCGAGGUGUGGGAGACAAUUUCAUGCACUUGUUAGUAAUAGCACCCUGUCACCAUGUUGGCAAAAGCCAGAGGCAAGUGGAAGUGAGCUCAGACUUAGUAUAUUUGGAGAAGAUGGUAUAGAUCCUGUCCAAAUCACUCAGCCCUCACUGCUCCCGAUUGACAGUUCUGUGUCUCAGACAGCCUAAGUGCAUUGAAAAUUAAAUCACUGUUUUAAAAAGGAAGGGACCCUCUGUAAAUCACUCAGCUAAACCUGAUGGAGAAAUAAUGCAAGUUGAAAGUAUGUACCAGCUUGCGCGCAACUUCCUAAACUGCAAUCUCAGCUGUUAAGCCACUGGAGGAGUUGCUGAGUAGGGAACAGGGGUAUCAGCUUUGGAAUGAGGGAAGACUGCCAAUAUGUUGACUUGGCCAAUUUUAUAUUUCUCUUGACAUCUAUUUAUGGGGCAUUUAAAUCCUGGAAACCCAAAUUUCCCAGUGCCAUAAUAUUUUGUGUGCUUUUCCAAUAAGGAUUAGCCAGUAUACACUUUAUUUUAAAAGUGCUGGUAUCUUCUCAUUAUGCUACUUACUGUAUGGAGACCAAUUAAAUUUACACAAGUGUUGCCAGGUCACCUUCAUCUUGGCACCAUUGGCAGUAUAAUAAGAGCAAUGCAAAGUUUGUAAAGGUUCUGUGUAUCCAUAGCACCGCCAGUAAUUUUCCAUCAUUUUAAUGUCAAUAGACAGUUAACUGGCCUUUAUAGUGACAUUGAUUCAAUUGGAAUUGCAAUGGCAGUGCGAUCUCCGUUUUUCCUGGUUGGGUAAUAAUGCAGAGUCAGCAAUAUAAUGGGACUGCAGACUUUGUGUCAACCUAAUAACUAUGGGUGUGGCAGAUGCUGUGCAUAACAUUGCUCAGAGUCCAUUGUACUAUGACUUCUCAGUUUCUCAACUGUCAGUCUCAUGCCACAGCAUUGCAUUGAUUUAUUCUGUGUUAGUUCAUGGCACUGCCUUACACUUGUUUAUCCCAGGACGACAAUUUCGCAUUACAGUGCCUAGUUUUAUAAGACCAAAAGACCAUAAGACG